AUGAAUCAAAUCAAAGGACCUAAAUUAAACUUUAGUACGCCUAUCAAAAUCUAAGACUUCAUUGAAGAAAAACCAUAUUCAGUGUUGGAUUUUGAAAACACCGAGUGCUUCAAAAAUGAAAAAAUUUCUAAAUAAGUCAAAUUUGCACCUACAAUCACUAUUUUUCUUAGAUAUCAAGAUGAAGAAAUCAAUAGGUUCAGAGAUAGACUUAAAACAUAAGUGUAAAUGACAAAAGAAACAUAUAAUCUUAAUCCGACACUUGAAGAAUCCCCAAAAAAAUAGUAACUUAAAUCAUGUAUGAGGGUUCCUAUUGAUACGGAUUAUUGA